AUUUUAUUUUUAGUUUUGAGCAGUUAAUAAUUUUAUUGAUAUAUUCUGGAGAUUAGUAGUAAGUCUACUAGCUUAGCAAUGAGGUUGUGACGUUCUAUAGCAGCCAAUAUAAAUGUGAGUAUGAUGGUCAGUUGCAAAAGUAAUUGACAUUUAUUCAUUGAAAAUAUCCAAAUCUUCAUUGUUGUUUCAAAUUGGCAAAUACUGGCAUAAGUAUUUCCACUGUCUUCUGUAGAAGUUACUGUGGGACAUUCUUUAUGGCUAACUGUUAAGUAGGUACAGGUAUAGGAAAUGAUAGAAGCUAAGGAUUGGCUGGAUAUUGCUGCACUAUCUCUACCUUAGAGAUGGAAGCCAUGUUCUCAGGUGCUGAGGAUGGUCCUGUUCUCUGUGCCUGCAGAGUCUGAUGGGAUUUUUUUCUCUUGACUUACCCGCAAGGUGAAAGAAAAAAGUGUCUGAGUCUCCUCUAGUAAGUAUGAAGCUGCAGCGUCCUACUUCCUGGGCUCUGUAGUAGUCAUCCCAGAUGUGAAGGCCUACUGAGUAGAUAAAGGAUGGUGCGGGGUUGAGCCUGAGCGCUGUAGCAAGUCUACAGGUCUACCAGGCAAGCAGGCAGCUUUGGCUGGUUAGCAGGCAGUCAACUACCAACCCUUAUUUGUACUGCACCCCUUCACUAACCACAGCUAGUUCAUCACUGACCUCUGACAUCCGCGUCAAAUCUCCCUUUCCCACAGGUGAACUCCUCUUGCCUACAUCUUCUAGGAUUUUAAUGACUCCCACGGACGGCUCAGGCUUUGUUUUCCUCUCCGCCCAUUUUAGAAAAAAAAAGAUUAAUUCCUGGUGAUGGUUUAGUACAUGUAUGGCCUAUGGUUGGUGAUGAGUUGAUAACAGUGUGAGGCCUAGGUAGAGAGGAGAUCCGGGGUCUUGUGGAGAUUGUAAUACUGUACUGGAAGACCAAGCUUUGGGAGAAUUCCUAGGUGCCGUUAGUGGCUGUAGUUAAGACUCCUGAAGGUGUAAACAAAUCUGAAGGAGAUCGGAAGACGAGAGUUUAGGAGACCAAAGCAGACGAGACAGACGUCUGCUGUCAUUCACGACAUUUUGUAAAGUACAACAGACAUAGGACAACAUGGGCAGAAAGAAAAUACAAAUCUCCAGGAUUGGAGACGAACGUAACAGACAGGUUACGUUCACAAAGCGCAAGUUUGGCCUGAUGAAGAAGGCGUACGAGUUGAGCGUGCUGUGUGAUUGUGAAAUCGCUCUUAUCAUUUUCAACAGUGCUAACAAGCUGUUUCAGUAUGCCAGCACAGACAUGGACAAAGUGCUUCUGAAAUACACUGAGUACAACGAACCCCAUGAGAGUCGAACAAAUAAAGACAUUAUUGAGGCAUUAAACAAAAAAGAGCACAAAGGUUGUGAAAGCCCAGAAGAGCAAGAUCAAGACACAUUCAAUUUGACCCCACGGACUGAAGAAAAAUAUGAACGUAUCAAUCAGGAGUUCAGCAAGGUCAUGACUUCAAGAGUACCGAAUGAUGUCCUGUUGCAGUUACAGAUGUCGCCGUAUCACAACCCAUCAAUGCCCGUAACGGUUCCAGUGCAUCAGCACUCGCCUUAUUCCACACAGGCGGCGGGCAGUCCCCAUCCCCACCCCUCACACCAGCAGCAUCCCCACCCCAUCACCACACAGUCAAGUGGAUUACUCCACCCCUCACAGGCCAUCCCACAGAGUGUCAGCCCCAGGCCCAGCUCUGGAGGCGGUAUGGUUGACUUGACGACAAAUGGAUACCAGUCCCAGCAGAGGGCGUCUCCGGCCUCACCCAGCAUGCACAAAAGUCGCCAACAGGUGCCGUCGCCAUGCCCUUCCCCUGGUCGCCCUAACCUACGUGUCAUGAUCCCUAACAACCGAGGAGAUGUGGGCAAUACAGAGGUGCAAGGAAGACAAGCCAAUAUACCCCUAGCUACUCCUGUUGUUUCUGUGGCCACACCUAGCAUCCCUGUUUCUUCCAACUAUCCGUCCGCCCUACCCUCAGGAUUUCACCCCAACGAUUUUCAGUUGAACACUGGCGACCUGGCUGGAUUGCAUGGCUUUAACUCACCUGGAAUACUGCCUCCUCAUUGGACAGCUCAAACCCCUCUAUCUGCCGCAGUUCAAGCGGCAGGAAUCACAGGACCAGGGAUUGUAACAUCAUCAGCUGGGCAAAUGGCAGCCCUAAACGUGAGCACCUUAAAUAAUGGCAUCAGUAUAAAGAGCGAGCCCAUAUCACCUCCACGAGACUCCCACACCCCUAACCAGCUGCGCCCCCCAUCAUCAGGGGGAGGGCAUUUGUCGCCGGGGCAUGUGUCACACAGCAGCAACUCCUCACCCACAGGCAGUACUCACAAUGAUUACGACGGCCCAAGCGGAAAGCGGCCCCGACUGGAGGGCUGGGCCACAUAGAGGCAGGAGUGACUAGCCAAUCAGCAGGCUUGGAGUCUCACUGUGCACCGUCGCUCUUCGCGGGCACCUGUGUUAAUGUUAUCAUGCUGCUUUUUGAAAUGUGACAACACACUGGUACUGUUUUAUGGGCCUCAAGUUUGUAACUGUUCUUGUCAACUUCUGCUGUUAGCAUGCCUGGUGCAGAUAAGACUUGCUGGUGCGGUGCAAUCAGAGAUGCGGUUGGGAUACUCUUGAUCAAUCGUCACAGGUUUUCGUGUGCAGUGUAAUCAGAAACUCUGGCAGAAUUGACUUUGGACUGAAAGAGGAGAUGAAAUCGUGGCCUGAUGGGCAUGAUGAUAUAGUUUAACUUAAGGAAUGUUAUGUCUUUUUUCAGUGGUCACUGUGUUGUGGGUGCUCUCCCUUGAUUGAGCUCUUCAUGACAAAACUCAAGAAUGGCCCAUUUCAUUUGAAUUGAUGAAAAGGAAAUGUGUGGAUGAUCUCCCUUGAAUGAAUAAUUUGAAACUUUUUUUUAACCAACCUUAUUCAGUGCUACAGUUACUUGGUCAGAAUUAGGAGAUUCCUGCUGCGGAAUCAGUGAGAAAUGACAAUGCCAAUGACAAUAUCUCAGACAUCAAGGAUGGCAAAGCGACCAUAAGUGUUGAUAUAGAUAUUUGGUUUUGUUACCUUGUUGGUUAGAGCAAGUGGUUGGAUACUUGCAGUUGAGUGCCUUGUGAGCACUGGCUGAUAGAGCCAGUCUUUCGCUACCCCGGACAUUGAUUGUUCAGCGAAAUGUAUUUGUUAAGCCUGUGUGUACAGUUGGUAGUUGUGAAAGUUGCUUGUUAUUAGAAAUAUACACAGACUACAUGGAGUUAACAUUCUGUACUGUAAGCUACUACAUGCCUCUUCACAUUUGUCAGGUUAUGUUUGUUUCAACUUUUUUAUUUAUUUUUUUUCUGAUGUGAAAAGGAUUUUUUUUUACUCUGAUUGUUUUAUUGGCAGUUUACACUUAAUAACAGCUUUCUACACAUAAAUUAGUCGGCUAUUUGGUGGUGGAGAAAUUUUGCUUUAAUGACAUAUUGUCUGAAUUAGGGUACCAAAAAAGUGUACGUCACUGGCUCCUGUGCUUAAAUGCAGUACCAAAGAGAAAUCUAGGCCUUGUAUAUUGAUCUAGCCUGUUUAUAAAUUAGAUAUUAAAUUCUCAUGUUUUAAAUACGUUGAUACUCACCCUGUGCAAGUUCUGCAUGUGUGUUACUGGUUUAAAAGGGCUAGUAUAUUAUCAUUAGGUCUGAGUUGUGUACAUACUGUCCUACAGCAGACUACAGCAUCACACCACCCCACCCUUGCAUAUUAAACACGGUUUUUUUUUUGGUUUUUUUUGCACUUGUAAAUUAUCUUUUCAUAUACCUGUUUUUAUCUUUCUUCUACUUAUAUUUCCAAAUUUUCAGUUAUUUAAAUGACAUGGGCAAACUGUUUGUAAUGCAGUUUGUCAGAAACAUAUUAUUCUUAUACACACAUUAUUGUGUAGUGUAUUUCACCCAGAGCUUUGGCUGGUAAGUGAACCUGGGGCAAGACCUGCUGUGCAGAAAUGAUCUUUUAUUUAUCGCUCAUACCUCUAAGACCAUGAUCUUCAAAUUUAUCUGUUUUUACUAGGAAAGUCAUUUUUCCUGAUUGUGUUUUUUAUCAGUUGCUUAGUUUUUCAGAAAAACCAAUUGUUAUUAACCAGGUGAAAUUGACAUUUGAAAUUGUUUUGGCAUCUGAAAGCUGAUUGAAAUAUCUAAAAAGAAUAAAAAAUAAUAAAAAAAAAAAUAAUAAAAAAUUAUAAAAAAACAAAAACAAAACCAUUAAAUAACCCCACAAAAUGUGCCAGUGGUGAAUGAGUCUGUGAAGAUUUGUAGUUAUUAAUAUUGUAAAAGUUACAUGUAUCUUUGUUAAUGUGCAUAAUUCUCACACGUUGUUGUUGUUGUGGAUUGCAAAUGUUACUGUUAAUGCCGGUUUAAUAAUGAAUUAUAAAAAGGAAGUCCUACAUUUGGUAAGAAAUUAUGAACAGGAAGAGGCCUGAACGGACGUUCAAGGCUUUAAUCAUGUUACUUUGAAGAGAUAAGGAAUUGCAAUUUUUGUAGCUUUAAUGUCAUUUGCUAAAUGAAAAUGUACAGUCACGCUUCUAGUUAUGGCUUUUCUUCAGUAAGUGGUGAAUCCCAACUCAUUAUCUCCAUUUUGAAAAAGAAAAAGAUAGAUUCCUGGUGAAAAGAGGAUGUCUACAAUUUUAUUUGGCUUUGUGAGCCAAUCCUAUACCAGAACACAAACUUUUAUGCUCCUAAGGAGUAUUUAAGGCUAUCUCUGAUUGGGUUAGUUUUUAAGUGGAUAUUCAAGUUAUAAUAGGGUUUGUAGAUAUUAUUAUAACAGUAAGUUAUAGCUCAUGUUAAAUAUAUAUAUGAUAUGUAAACUUUGUAUAUCUAUUAUUCAUGCAUAAAUUUUGAAUGACAUUUUGAUGAAAUCUGAACAUUGUGAGCGUUGUUCUGGUGGACUCUAUUAAGGACGGCAUUUUUGUACACUCUGGUAACGCCGACGCAAACUUGCUGUGUUAAAAAGCCAUCGUUGAUGAAGUCAUCAUCCUGCCCCACUCAAGUUGAUGUCGUAUUCACUAAUAUUCACUAAUUCAUUUUGUCGCCAUAUAUGCGAACUUGGGAAUGUUAGCAAUGUUUUUAAUCAAAGUAUUUGAGAGCCUACUGCACAGUCCCCCCAUGCCCUCCCCCCCAACCCCCCUUACCCUCACCUUACCCAGCAUGCCCCUGUGUAAUGGUGUCGUUGAUAUGGCAAAACCCUUGUGACACCAAGAUGUACAUUAAACAUGUUUGAAGAGGAAAGCUUGCAGCUAUUUCCACUCCUGUCACUCUCUCAGCUACAAGUUACCCAUGGGAAAAAUAUGUAAUGUUUUGUAAACGUUUGUUAACACAAAGAGAAAUAAAUGUCAUUGUAAUC